CGACAGCAAAAAAAUCAACCAAGAAGGACUCGCCCGCCGUCGUUUCUUUUGGCAGCAACAAUGAUGACAAGGAGCAGGAUGCCAUUUCUCUUUCGCUCCUGUUUCCGGCACACCUCUGCUGCUUCUACUCAGCCAAAAAGGAUGCUCUCAACAGCAAGCCACAUGGACAAGUUCAAGUACGUCGUCCUUGGCGGCGGCACGUCGGCCGGGUAUGUGGCCAAGGCAUUUGCAGACAAAGGAAGGGGCAAGGACGAGCUUGCCCUCAUCUCGCGCGACACCGCACCUCCCUUUGAGCGGCCCGCGCUUUCCAAGGGCUUCCUCAACGCCUCAAAGCCAGCUCGGCUCCCGGGCUUCCACACCACGGUUGGCACUGGGGGCGAGCCCCAAGAUGAAGCCUGGUAUGUGGAGCAUGGCAUCACGUGGCUUGGCGAGCAAGACGUCACCAGCGUUGACUUUGACAACCACGUCAUGUCCACGGCGCGCGGGCACAGCAUUUCCUUUGAGAAGCUCAUCAUCGCCACAGGCGUCGAGUCCUCUCACCUCCCUGCGGACAAAGUCGAUGACCGUGGCGACAUCCUUUACCUGCGCAGCCUCGCCGACGCAGAGCGCCUGUCACAGGCGAUGGCUUCACACCGCGGUGGGCAUGCGCUGAUGAUUGGCGGCGGGUACAUUGGCACCGAGGUCACCGCCAAGCUCAUCGAAAAUGGCCUGCAGGUGACGAUGGUGUUUCCGGAGGACCGCCUGAUGAACCGGCUGUUUUCUCCGCAGCUCGCGGAGGUGUACGCAAAGGCGUUUGCAGAUCGCGGUGUCUCGUUUGCAAAGGGAACACUCAAGUCCCUCCAGCAUGAUGCACAGGGUAACGUCACUGGCGCCAUCCUCAAUGACGGCAGCACCGUGCAGUGCGACCUGGUGGUUGCUGGUAUUGGAGCUCGCCCAGACACGUCCCUCUUCGAUGGCAAGCUAGAGACAACAGCGGGCGGUCUGAAGGUGAACGGGCAGCUGCACACGACCGCACAGGACGUGUAUGCCAUUGGCGACAUUGCCGCCUUCCCGCUCGUUCUCGAGGGCGGAAAGCACGUCCGCCAGGAACACGUGCAGAACGCGCGCGAGACUGCGCGCCACAUUGUGGAUGUGUUGCUGGCGGAGGAGGACGGGCGCCCUGCUCCGGCCUACGACUACACACCAUACUUCUACAGCCGCUGUCUCAACUUCAACUGGAAGUUUUAUGGCGUCAACGAGGGCGACAUCAUGCACUUUGGCGUCCUGGCUGAGGGCGAGAAGUAUGGUGCCGUGUGGGUGCGCGACGGUCAGAUUGUUGGCACGUUCCUCGACAACGGUACACCUGAUGAACACGAGCGCUUCAAGCACGUUGCGCGCGAACGCCCCGCUGUCACGGGCAAGGGCGACGUGCAGCGCAUUGUGGAGGGCGUUGUGGGCCAGGAGCUUGCAAGCACGCUGCAGUAGACGGGAAGAGGCUUGCUGCCCCGCCCACUCCCCGCACUCGCACUUGUUUGUUGAAGUGGCGUUUUGAUGAGUCAAAUUUCACGGCCGUAUGCGGCUGGUUGUGGUGUGGCAAUCGUGUUUGUGCUAUGUGGUCUGGUGUUUGCGUUGCUUCUUUGCUGCUUUGUCCUAUUCUUACACGUGCUGCAACAACGUGAUUUUGUUCUUUUUCUCUAUUGGUGAGAGUCCAAGCAGCAGAACAUAAACUGCUCCGUAACACAAAACAUGAGAGAAGC